AUGAGUGCUGCCGCGGGUGUCAAGCGCAGAGCCUCGCCACAUACCACCGAACCCGUCAAGCGAACAAAAGUUGAUGACGCUGCCGAACUUUCAGACGGUACCAACAGUCGACCCAUCCGUUUCAGUCCUCUGCUGACUUCUAGUCUUUCAGCAGCCAGCGAUCAGGACGAGAACGACGCCUUCUCUAUCGCCUCACCUGCUCAAACAUCUCGCACCUCGACCCAACCCUCGACACCCACGUCAGCCAAACCCCAGCCCAAGCCUCGCCAGAACAAGUACGCCUGCGACUUUGAAGGCUGCACCAAGUCCUACUCCCGCCCCGUCCGCCUUCAAGAACACAAACGCUCCCACACAAACGACCGUCCUUUCGCUUGUCCCCAACAAGGUUGCGACAAGACCUUCCUUCGCGAGAGCCACCUGAAGCACCACAUCAAAGCCAAACACGAUGAUGUCCGAGAUUAUGUCUGCGACUGGCCACACUGUGACAAAGGCUUCCAUACAGCCCAGCGCUUGAAACAACACAAGAAAACGCACGAAAACACAAAGUCCGACUUCCUCUGUACCGACUUUCCUCCUUGCAACCAAAACUUCCGCAAGCAGGACACUCUCGACAGACACAUUCAACUCGUCCAUCUGCACGAGAAGCCCUUUGUGUGCGACCAACUCGACCGAUUCACUGGCUUACCAUGCGAUGCUCGCUUCAAGACUUCGACUCACCUUAUCGCCCACAAGGACCGCGAGCACAGCGGCAAUCGCUUCUGGUGCAAAAUAUGCUCCCCUGAAAUGGCCGACAUCGAUCCAAGUCUGAACCAAGACGCUUUCGUCACUGCCGUUGGCUUCCCUACAUAUAUCGAGAUGCAACAACACAUCAAGACCGUCCAUCCACCCACCUGCUCGCAGUGUGGCCAUAUNUGCGCCUCCAAUCGCGACCUCAAGGCACACCUGGAGAUUCAGCACGGCGAUAUUGAAGACCGCCGCAACUAUGUCUGCGAUCAUCCUGGCUGUGGUCGUGGCUUCACCAAGAAGGGCAAUCUCGUUGUUCAUCAAAGAAGCGUCCAUGCAAAGCAAAAGCAGUUCAUCUGCGGAGAGACUGAUAUUGCUGGCUCGAAGCGUGUUCCUGCAUGGGAUGGUCGUGGUGCUUGUGGUCGUGCUUUCAGUGCAAAGGCGAACCUCGAAGAGCACGUUCGCACUCAACACCUGCACCUGCCUGGUUACGUGCGUCCAGGAAAUAGAGCCAAGCAAGAAGAGGAUGAUUCCUUNCGGAGGCUUCCCCCAGAGGAUCACAACACGGUGCUUGCCAGACUCACGGGCAUUGGCUACGAACAUGGACGAGACAUCACCUGCAUCGACGAGACUUGUCCGCACCGCUUCGUCAAGCCUUUCGAUCUCGAGGUCCACCUUGAGAUUGUCCAUGGAUACACCAAGACUGAAGCCAUCGAGGCCACCGUCGAGCGCGAAGCCCUGUGUGGUGGUCAAUUCUGGCUUGGUGGCGUCCAGCCGGAUUUUGAAGAGCAACGGUUGGCGCAACAAUUGGACCUGGCUCUCCAUCCUCAAGACGACUUGAUGAACCCCUUUUGA